UGCGCAGCUGGGCGCGCGGCGUGGCAAGAGGCGGCGGCGCUCUCGGUGGGCGCGGGCGGCGGGGGCGCGGGCGGCGCGGCGCGGCGCUGCUCCGUGCUCGGCGACCACCCGGGCGCGCGCCGCGACCCCAGGAAAUGGCACAGGAACAACCGGGUGCGAGAUGCAUCAUACGGAUCGUCAUCAGAAUCCGACGGCGAAGCGGAGGGCGUCAUCGGGGACACGUGGGGCGUGGCGCGGCUCCUAUACGCAGGCCUGGGCACGCUGGCCGUGGGGCUGGUGGUCUACUUCGUGGGCACCGGCGACAAGGGUUUCAAGACGCCGGCGCUGCGGCUGGUGGGCCCGUCGCUCAUCGUGGCCGGGCUCGCCUGCUGUCUGCUGCGCAUCGCAUUCUGCAUAUUUGCGAAGCCCUGCUGCCGACGGCGGACCAAUUACAAGGAGAGCAGAAGACUGUCUGGAUGCGUGGAAGGCGAGGAGAUGCCAUUGGCGGGAGGCGGCAGCGGCCCCCGCGCGGGCCCGGCCCAGUGCUCGCCCGCGCGGAGGCUCGACGCGUCCUCCUGCGACGUGUCCAGCCUGUCCUCCGGCGAGGAGGACGAGCGGCUGCGACGGUACCGCACCGCCACCGCGCCCGCCCACCUGCCCCUGGCUCAGACGGCGUCGAUGCCACAAGGUAUUCUCCAGCAAAGUGCACAACAAAGCACGACGCCGAACGCGGCACAAACCGCGGCGCCGCUUGCGCCAACGACGCAGCCGAGUGCGAUCCGGCAGAGCGCGUCUCAAAGCGCGGUGCGGCAAAGCGCCAUGGCGAGCGUCACCCCGCCCAGUGCCGUGCGGCAAAGCGCGAGCCAGCCCAGCGCUCUCCAGCCGGGGCCCGGCGCCCCAGGCCCCCCGGGGCCCCGCAGGCCCCCGCCCCGAAACGUCUCCUUCGCCGGGGGCCCCGACGGCGAACUCGUCCUCAGCCCCGCCCAGCUGCGCUCCUAAAGCAAUAAACUCCUCGCAUGGACGGUCUAACUCUACCGGCAAGCGCCGAA